ACCUGGUGCACCACUAUGCUGGCCGCAAAACUUGUGUGUCUCCGGACACUACCUUCCAGGGUUUUCCACCCAGCUUUCACCAAGGCCUCCCCUGUAGUGAAGAAUUCCAUCACAAAGAAUCAAUGGCUCUUAACACCCAGAAGGGAAUAUGCCACCAAGACAAGAAUUGGGAUUCGGCAUGGAAAAACUAGCCAAAAGCUCAAGGAGGCAGCUUUGGAACCAUCAUUGGAAAAAAUAUUUAAAAUCGAUCAGAUGGGAAGAUGGUUUAUUGCUGGAGGGGCUGCUGUUGCUCUUGGAGCUUUGUGCUACUAUGGCUUGGGAAUGUCUAAUGAGAUUGGAGCUAUUGAAAAAGCUGUAAUUUGGCCACAGUAUGUGAAGGAUAGAAUUCAUUCCACCUAUAUGUACUUAGCAGGAAGUAUUGGCAUAACAGCUUUGUCUGCCCUGGCAGUGAGCAGAACUCCAGCUCUCAUGAACUUCAUGAUGAGAGGCUCUUGGGUGACAAUUGGUGCAACCUUUGCAGCCAUGAUUGGAGCUGGAAUGCUGGUACAGUCAAUAUCCUAUGACCAGAGCCCAGGCCCAAAGCAUCUUGCUUGGUUACUACAUUCUGGUGUGAUGGGUGCAGUGGUGGCACCUCUGAUGAUAUUGGGGGGGCCUCUUCUCGUCAGAGCUGCAUGGUACACAGUUGGCAUUGUAGGAGGCCUCUCCACCGUAGCUAUGUGUGCGCCCAGUGAGAAGUUUUUGAAUAUGGGAGCACCCCUGGGCGUGGGCCUGGGUGUCAUCUUCAUGUCCUCACUAGGAUCUAUGUUUCUUCCACCUACCACUGUGGCUGCUCUAAUCAUCCAAUCAUGUAACUUUGAUACUUCAGGUAAUCUGCAAAAGAAGCUGGUGCCCUUUGUCACAAUAUUAAACUCCUACCUGGCCCACAAGUCAGAGCACAUGAAGGAGUGGAGCUGGAUGGGAGCUGAUGGAGUUGUAGACUGGACCACUGGCCCACAUCUAAAAGCACUUUUCAUCGUAUAA